CCUGCUCGCUCCUCUCAGAGCAGACUAACGGCUACUCUAUCCAUGUCGCAAACCCACAAUACUGCUAAGAAUCAAACUGCCGUCUUUCUCCCUUUCAGUUCCCUCUAAUCUUUUCUCUCUCACGCACUUAGAGCUUCUUGCUUCUUCAAUUUUGCUUGCAAUGACUUCAUCAACGCCUGGCCCAGAUCAGAAUUUAAAAGUUAAAAUGGGAGUAAACCCAUCUCGUAGACGAGUGAGAGUAAUUGGGAGAAUCAGGGGCUUCACUUGCCAAGAAUCUGAAUCUUUCAGUCAUGAUUCUCCGAAGCCUUGGAUCACUGUCUCCAAACCCGAACACCACGGGGCUUCAUCUGAAACCACGCUCACGCUCUCUUUUUUGGACCAAUUCAAUAAUAGUCAAAAAGAAGCAUCGUAUAAACUGGACUACUGUUAUGAACAAGAUGAGGAUACAGGUACACUUUUUGCCAGAGAGAUAGAGCCUUUGACUUCGGAUGUCCUCAAUGGUGGACAUGCAUCAAUUAUAGCUUAUGGGGCUAGAGGAAGUGGAAAAACUUACACGAUUCAGGGUGCUGAAAACAAACCAGGAAUAGCUGUAAUGACGAUGACUGAAUUGCUCUCAAAAGCUGAGGAGACUGGAAAGUCAGUUUCAAUAUCUAUUUUUGAGGUUCAGCAGGAGCAUGCUUAUGAUCUUCUGGAUCCCAAGCAUUCUGAAGUACAAGUACUUGAAGAUUGCCGAGGGAAAAUAAAUCUUAAGGGGCUAUCUAAAGUUCCUGUGAAAUCCAUUUUAGAGUUUCAGAAUAUAUACUUUAGUAUGUCGAACAUCAGCAAAUCAGCACACAAGAUACCACAUGAGCAUACAAGAAGGAGCCAUAAAUGUUUAAUAAUACAUGUAUUAGCAAUGAAUGAUAACUCAACACCCAAGCUUGUGGGAAAGAUGAAUUUUGUUGAUUUAGCAGGAUAUGAGGAUUCCAGAAGAAUUAGUAGAGAUGGAAGUGCACUUCUUGACAGAACUAACAAGUCCCUUCACACCUUACUGAAUGUUGUUUAUGCACUUAAUGCCAAUGAGAUGCAUGUGCCAUACCGUGAGAGCAAACUUACUCACAUUUUUAAGGAGUCACUCAGGGGCACAGGUCAUGUAGUGCUGCUCACUUGUUUGAACCCACAUGUUUGCCAAGACACUCUUCGCACAUUGAGUUUAGCUUCCAGGUCAUGUCAAAGUACAAAUCAUGUACUGACUGAGUCUCUCAAUAAUGCUAAAAGCUCAGCUAGAUUCAAGAUGCUUUCAUCACAAAAUAGCAUGAAGCCUUUUUGUACUCCUUCCGCUAGACAACCAGCAGUCUCAAGUUUGCAUUUAUCUGCAAAGGGUACCAGUUGCGUGUCAAAGGGAAGGAAACUUUUUGAAGAGGGGAAGAAUAUCACUUCUAAUCAGGUACUCAUCUUUGAGACAAGGCUCCCACAAGAUGAUUGUUCAGACAAGAAACUCGAAUUUGUACCUGAAAUAGCUGCAGCUGUGUCACCCUCCAUGCUGAAGAAGGCUUCGCAGGAUGAGUCCACUUUGGAUAAUCCUUUGGCCUUAGUACCUGAAGGAGUUGUUUCUCAGGAAAAGUCAAUUCCAGAGUCUGUAGCUGUGUCACCCUCCAAGCUGAAGAAGGCUUUGCAGGUUGAGUCGAUUUUAGAUAAUCCUUCAGCCUUUGUACCUGACGGACUUGUCUUUCAAGAAAAGUCAAAUCCAGAAUUUAGUUUGGAUCCGGAACUGAAGGAAAAUGACAUUUCUGCACACAAAAGAAGCAACAAUUUGGAACUCAUUCCUGCUGUAGUUUGUGAGAAAUCUCCUCUGCAAGAUGGUAGUGUCAUACGAAAGGAGACAUUGAAUGAGCAUGGAUCACCUCCACUUAGUGAGAGAUUAAGACAACUAUCAAACAGCUUGAAAUCAUUCUGUUCUUCAACUCCAUUACAUGUAAAGAUGCUAGAUAAUGGUGAUGCACAACAUAAUGUUAUUGAGCCAAAGACCCCAAUAUUUGAAUAUGGUGCACGAGUUACUGAAAGAUCGGAGAUCACAAAAUAUAGUAGUCCUUGGGAACUGCUCAGUAAGCGCAGUUCUGGAAUGAAGGAUUCCCUUGUUCAGGAAUACCUUAGGUUCUUAAACUCUGCUAGCAAAGAAGAGCUGAAAGGAUUAAGGGGUAUUGGGGAAAAAAGAGCUACCUACAUUCUUCAACUUCGUGAAGAAUCUCCAGAACCUUUCAAGAGUCUUGAUGAUUUGCAAGACAUUGGUCUUUCGGCUAAGCAAGUCAAAGGAAUGAUGAAGAAGAUGGCUGGAGAUCUCUUUAGUUGAUUUGGCAUUUGAAUAGCUUGUCAUCGGUGAUAUGAUAUGCCAUAAAUCAAGUCUUCAAAGAAGUUUGUAUAAGCAAAAUGAUUUGCCGUGAAAACGAGCCUUCUGAAGAUUUUCUAUGGCAAAAUGAAUUGCCAUAGAAACAAAUGUCCUAGAGAAAUUUCUGGUUUUUGUUGGGUUUGUUAAGAAUAUAAAAUAUCUUGUACAGGGUCACUUUCUCAGCCUUCAGUUUCGCUUUACUCGAUCCAUUAAUUAUGAUUCUUCAUUUGUAACUAUGACAAAACCAAACGAUGAAUAGUAUGUUAAGAAAUGAAAGAAGUGCAAUAGCAGUGCCGUGCAUUGCACUAUUUCGUUUGGAUCAA